GCCCGGUCCUGUGCCCGCCAGCCGUGUCCCCGUGCCCGCAGUCCCGUAUUGUCACCCUCCUGUGCCCUCACCCCCCGUGUCCCCACCUCAGUGUCCCCCACUCCCAUCCCCGAGCCUUCCUCCAGCCUCUCCGUGUCCCCAUGUCCCCAUGUCCACCUCCUCCCGUCCCCACCUCCCUGUGCAUCCCUGUCCCCGUGUCCCCCUCCGCAGGAGGCAGAAACCAUGGGGGGGACCCAAGGGUGCUCUGGGGGACACCCAGGGGUGCUGUCACACGGUGUCCCCCCCCCCGCAGCUCUGGCCGCCGCCUCCCCCGGCGGGGACGAGUGUCCGGAGGAGGAUGAGGAGGAGCUGGAGCCGGGGCUGGACGAGGCCGAGGCCGAGCCCGGGGCCGGGAGCGGCGCGAAGGCGGCGGGGGCGGCCCGGGGGGCGCUGCUGACCCGCAGGGGCAUCACCCUGAGGGUCCUGCUGCGGGACGGGCUCCUGGAGCCGGGCAGAGGCGUCCUGUCCAUCUACUACCUGGGCAAGAAGUUCGUGGGGGACCUGGGCUCGGACGGGACAAUUACGUGGCAGGAGACGGGGCAGGUGUUCAACUCCCCGAGCGCCUGGGCCACGCACUGCAAGCGCCUGGUGAACCCCGCCAAGAAGUCGGGGUGCGGCUGGGCGUCCGUGCGCUACAAGGGCCAGAAGCUGGACCAGUACAAGGCCGCCUGGCUGCGCAAACACCAGCCCAACGUGCCACCCCCCGAGGAGGUGGGACCGCCGUCACCUCCCCGUGGCACCCCCAGGGCAGGGGGCGAGGUGGGUGCCAGCCCCGUCUGCUCGCAGAGCUUGGCCAGCGAGGGCGAGGAGGAGGAGAUGCCCGAGGAUGAGGAGGAGGAAGCGGCCAGGGAGGGUCGGGUGGCGAUGCCGGAGCCGGCGGCUCCCAAAAAAGCGGAGGAGAGGAGCAAGAAGCAGCAGGGCAGGAGCCUGGCGGAGCCGGCGGGGACGGAUGUCGGUGCCGCAGGGAAAAGGAUGGAGACAAAACCCCGGGUGCCCGUCCGCUACUGCACCCUGGGCACCCGCGACUCGGCCAGGAACCCCCAGACCCUGGUGGAGGUGACGUCCUUCGCUGCCAUCAACAAAUUCCAGCCCUUCAACGUGGCCAUCUCCAGCAACGUCCUCCUGCUCCUGGAUUUCCACAGCCACCUGACGCGGAGCGAAGUGGUGGGGUACCUGGGGGGGCGGUGGGACACCAACACCCAGUUGCUGACGGUGCUUCGAGCCUUCCCGUGCCGGACCCGCCUGGGCGAUGCCGAAGCCGCGGGUGCCGUGGAGGAAGAGAUCUGCCAGAGCCUGUUCCUGCGGGGGCUGUCGCUGGUGGGGUGGUACCACAGCCACCCCUUCGGGCCCGCGCUGCCGUCCCUGCACGACAUCGACGCGCAGAUGGAUUAUCAGCUCAAGCUGCAGGGCAGCGGCAACGGCUUCCAGCCCUGCCUGGGGCUCAUCUGCGGGCCCUUCUACCACGGCAACCCCGGCGUGGAGUCCAAAAUCGCGCCCUUCUGGGUGAUGCCGCCGCCAGAGCGGCCCAACGACUACGGGAUCCCCAUGGAUGUGGAGGUCACCUACAUCCAGGACGGGUUCCUCACCAACGACGUCGUGCAGGAGAUGACGCUGCUGGUGGAGUUCUAUAAGGGAGCCCCCGACCUGGUGAAGUUCCAGGAGCUGUGGAGUCAGGAUCAGACCUACCUGGACAAGCUGAAGGGCUCCCUGGCCUCCCGCACCCCAAAAGACCAGAGCUUCACCCACGUCCUGGAGCAGAUCUUCAGCCUCCUCAAGCUCAGUGGGUGAGGGCCCGGGGCCCCUCGACUCGGACCAGGCGCCUCCCGCAGCCCGGGCGGGGCUCAGCCCCGGGGCUCACCGGACCCGCUGCGGGGCAGCUCCCGGAGCCCCCCGCGACCCCGCCGGCCCCGGGGCGGCCGUGCCGGGGCGGCAGUCUGUGGCUCAGUGGCUUGUGGAAGUGGUAGUUUGAUUAAAGAGCAGUUCCUGA